AUGAAACAAGAAGAUGACUUUAAGAACAUAAUUCAUGAUAUUGGAUGUGAUCCUUUUUACUUACAUUACCAUUGUGCUGAUCAAAUCCAAAUCUAUAGGAACUACUGUAAAGGAUCAAGACCCAGACUGAUCAUUGAUGAUACAGGUUCGGUUGUGAAGAAGUUCUUAAAGUUGAGCAAGCAAAAAACAAGCUCAAUCUUUCUGUAUGAAGGAUUGGUCUAUGAUUCACAAAAUAAAUGUAGUUUUACAGUUACCAAUAUGUUGAGUGAGCGGCAUAACAGUUUGGCCCUUUAUAAUUGGUUAUCCCGUUGGAUCAAUUGUGAUGUUCCAAGACCCAAAGAAGCUGUAUGUGAUCAAUCAAUGGCAUUGCUUUCUGCCAUUGCAAAAAGUUUUACACAAUAUUCGACGCUACAGGACUACAUCAUAAUUUGUGCAGGCCCGGUGUUAGGAGGGUGGAAUACCCCCCCCACCAACGAAUAA